AUGGCAACUCUCGCAGAACAUCCUCUACACGCCACGGCCUCGCCGAUGCCGAUGAACGCCACUUACGACCAAGACCUCGACUCCUUUAUCAACUUCGACCAGCUCGCCUACACAUCCGCUGACGCCGCCCGCCCCAAGGUCGCGCUCGCCAGCCAACCAUCUGUUGCAGGCACCGACUUCAGCGCCAGUGAUGUCCGUAGCGCCAGCUUCGCUUCCAGUGGUCAAUCUCCUAUCGCCUUCCAAGGCCCCAGUCAUCAUUACGAAGAGCACCGCCAACAGACUGGUCUGCCUCCCGGUGCCCUGUCCAUGACCUACAACCAGGUCCCCCAGAUGAACUUCAGCAACGCCGCUCAGGGCUACCCGAUGAAUGGAGAGGUAUUUGCUGGACAGAUGAAGCGCGAGGAUGCCCCCUUUGACUUCAACACCGCGCCGGCCCGCAACCCAUCUGAAAUGGACAUUGAAUCGGACGGCAUGAACAACGCUCCAUAUUUCUUCCAGGCCAACACCGGCAAGAAUCAAUUCGUCGACCCAAAUGCGCUCGGUGGCCAUGAGCAGGCUCAGGCCGGUCCGUCCACCCAGGUCGGCCGCAUGUACCCUGGCAUGCAUCAGCAGCAGGCUGCGAUGGCCAAGGCCCAGCAACAGAAGCACCACGACAUGGUGCGGCAACACCAGAUGCAGCAGCAUCGUGUGGAGGAGCUUCCCCACAGCGCGGCCGCCCGUGGUCCCCGUCCGCCCGACCCAGUUGUUGAGGAGCGUAUAUCCCGCCUCCUCCAGCAGAUGCGUGCGAACGCCGUUGCCGCGGGUGAGGCCUCGCCUACCCCUUCCUCCGUCCUGCCUCACAUGGCCAAGUCCAAGAAGGACGAGGCGGAUAUGGAUGAGGAUGAGCGUCUCCUGGCUAGCGAGGAGGGCAAGAAGCUCAGCAGCAAGGAGCGUCGCCAGCUGCGAAACAAGGUGUCCGCUCGUGCUUUCCGCUCCCGUCGCAAGGAGUACAUUGGUCAACUCGAGAGCGAGAUUGCUUCCCGCACCAACGAGGCUCAUGAGCUGCGUCUACAGAACCGUGCCCUCUACGAGGAGAAUGCUCGAUUGAACGACCUGGCCCGCAUGCUCCUGGGCUCCCCUCACUUCGCCAACUUCCUGAACGACAUGCCCGACACUGUCUCGUCUCAGAUGCCCGCUCCCCAGCAGCCUCAUCAGCAGAUGCAGCACCAGCAAGCCGCCCCUCAGCCCACCAUGCAGGCAAACAUUCCCAAGGAGGCCAGCGCCCCUCGCUCCCAGGAGUUCCAGAUGCAGCAGAACCCCCAGGUCAGCAUGGCCAUGGUCCCUAACCAGGGCAUGGACGCCUCCAUGAUGACCAGCAACGGCUGGAACUCGGGUAUCGACAUGAACUACGGCAACACUCCUGUCUUCGCAGUCCUUGAGGUUCCCCAGGGCCCUGAGCUCGACAUCGCAGCUCUGUGCGGCAAGUCAUCCUCGCCGCUAUCCAGCGAAAAGAACGAGGCCCCCGGCCUCGACCUGCCUGAGAUCCCCGAACUUGAUACCCCGGCUCAGAAGUCUGAUCUUAGCUUCAAGCCCGACUCUGCGGACCUCUUUGCUGACUCUCCUGCCACUUCUGACGACGAGCUUGUUUUUGACGGUAUUAAAACGGAGAAGGCUUCUCUCCACUACGAGCUUAUGGUUGAUGCUCCCAACGAGGUCACCGCCGCCGACAAGAACCGAUUGAGAUCUCUCUGCCAGAGCAUGCAUGCCGCCUUUGAGCGGGUGUCGUUAGCCACUUCCCACCUCCAGUGA